GGUUAUCAUGGGUCUUGUUUAUGUAUGGAAAAGUGAUACUUUACAGUUAAAAUCUUAGCUAUAGAAUUUAUUUUAGGAGGAUGAAAUUAACCUCACUUAGUGGUAGUACGCUGUUUCAGAAGUUGCAGAUACUUCAGUGCCCCUAAGUAGAUUUGGCAAUUAAUGUCAUGUACUUGAAGUGCAUAAUUUUUGACUUAGACAUUUUUUUAAUUUUUUUUUUUAAUCAUGGUAGUAAUUAUUUGAACUAUUAAGAAGUCUCAAGGCUCAGUCCACACUGAUACUCAGUGCUGUCUAAUCCAUGUGAAUAUUUGAUAAGGAGAUGGUAAUACAGAGGCAGACAUUUGAUGGAAAGUCAUUGCACUGGCUGUCAGUGUGGGAUUGAUAGCAGGGACUGUGAUCAUCAGUGGUAAAACAACGUAAGGUGAAGAUGUGUGAGAACUGAGUGAGUUACGGCAAUCUUUAUGGGUUGUUCCGUUUAAAGUGUUCUUGACUGUCCAUUAAUGUGCAGACUGAGAAAUUUGGAAAUUUGGAAAAUUUGGAAAUUUUUUCCCCUCACAGUACUUGUUUGUGAGCAAAGAAGAUUGUCAGAAACACAAAAACUGUCAUUAUACAUCUGAAAUUUUCAAUAUUGUUUUAAUAGUCCAUUUAUUUUUCCAACUUGCUUGGUCUUCAAAGAAUGAAAAUGCAUCUGCAUUUUCAGGUGCAGUCUCUCAAAUGCAGUGUUUGACGUAGUGAAAAUUCCUCAGUUUGCCUCUGUCUGGACUCUAAUCUUGCAGCCUUUGGUAACAGUUAUAUUCGCUUAACGGUGAAAUGUCUUGCAGUUCUUGUUGCACGAGUGAGGUUCUCAUGUGAUAUGUGCAUACAGAAAGGAAUAUGCUGUGCACUCACAGCAUGCAGGUUUUGUUUGCUUAGAGUAAUCUAUCAUAAAUAUCCCUUCUGUUAAUAAAAUAUGUUGUUAAUUGCAAACUGGUGGAUAUGGGCCAAAACAGAAGAAUAGAAUUGGCACAGCGCUACCAGAAGCACUAUGUUUUUUCAUUUCUCAUUCAAGUCUUGUUUUGUUUAUUUGUUUGUUUUAAAUAGGGGAUUUUACAAACCUUAGAAGAUUGAGGGUUGGAUGGUAUUCUUCUUAAUUUCCUUAUGGGAAAUUAUUGUCCAAAUACAGGGAAGAAUGCAGUUGGAAUUAAAUUAUCUGUUCAGUUAUGAUGAUGCUGCCCCCUUCAUCCUCUUUGUGCUUAUAAAAAUCCUUUUAAGCCUAGUCAUCAUCAUAACUUCCUAUAGAAGUUAAUUCCAAAAAGGAACUAUAUGCUGAGUAAAAAGUAACAUUCCAAACAAAAAUUUUGCCUCUAUUUCUUUGAAAAUCAAAGUACAUUCAAAUGGAGAGGCAAAAUGAAUGUAUUUUUUCUGUAUACUACUACCAUAUCAGUGUGAACUGUACUUAUGUAUUAGAUGCACUCAUCUGUCCUUCUUGUGUUGAAUGCUCUCCUUAUGCCAUUGCCAGUGUCAUUUUUCUAACACUUUUUAUUUCAGAUAUGGCUCUUUUAACUGUAAAUAUUUAAACCAAAUUCAGUAGUUGUUAUAUGAUUGUCUUAUUAAAAAUGCUUUUGCAUGUGUCAGUUGAUUUUUAUAUCCUCUACUAAAGGGUGUGGCUGGGUGAAACUGUAGAAAUUUAGUAGGUUUUUUCCUGACAUUCAGUGAGAAUCCUGAAAUGGAAAGGUGCUCAGCUAGGUGAGACAUGGUGUUGUUUUGCUUUCUAACUUUAAUGGUUUAUCCUGUCAGACUUUAAAACUACUGCUGCACAUUGAGCUGUCCACAAUGACUCCUAAUUAUUUUUCUCAGAAGACUGGACUAAUUUGAUCUCAUCAAAUAUUUAGAUAAAAUCAUUUCUCCUUGUGUGCAUUGCAUUAUAUUUAUUUGCAUUUCAUCUGCUGUUGUAUUACUCAAUUCUCUAACUCAGAUCUUCCUGGAAAUCUCUGUUCUCCACAGUUUUUACUAACCCAAAUAAUUUCAUACUACUGGCAAAUUCUACUGUUUGACUGUCUGCUUCCACUAAUUGAUGUUAACCAUUGUUUUUAAUGUUUGGUAUACACCAUAUGGUUAACUUUCACUCUCCCUGAGCAUCUUGGUUAAUGUCUUGAUUAUCUGAACCUUACGUAUGAGAUAAAAUUCUUCAGAUAAUCAGAGGCUUGGAGAAGUAGAGUAGAGCUCUACUGAGAAAUCUCAAGUUCAUGGUGUAAGCUUGCUUUCUUCUGUUGUUUAUAAAGGAGCUAAAGUGCUUAGCAAGAGCUUCAGCACAGCAUUCUGUUUGUAGAAAGUGCACAGGUGUCAGAAUCCUAAGGAAGUAUUGUCAUGGAAGGAACUGUAGGGUUCAGAUAAUGAAGUGUCCAUGUUUAUGCAUUGUAAUAUUUUUUUCCUGUGAAAUGUAAUCUUACAAUCUGAAUACUGUGGGGACAUAUUGCCGAUCAGAUGGUAAAAAUGUGUAUUAGUCAACUCUGGUGGAUGUUAGUUUAAAUUUAUAUUAUUCUGACUCUAUGUAUGAACUUUUUGACAUUUGUAAUCUAUUAGCGUAUGAGAAAUUAGCUUAAGAGUGUGCGUGUGUUCUAAAUGCAGUGACGCAUGGAUAGGAGCAGAAGGGUAGGAAGAUUAGUGUUUGGCUAAUCAUGCUCUGCUGACUAAAGAGAGUGAUGGCACUUUGCAGUUCAACAAAGAGGUGGUUUUCUGAGCUGUAUAUAAAUUGUCUCGCACCUGACAGAUGUUCCCAAAUUGAUUUUAUUUCUGUUUAGAUCAAGUAGCAUGUAAAGAAUGGACAAUAGAUGUUGGGGCCCAUUCUGCCCUUUGUAUACAACCUGUUUCUAGUGCUAAAUGUGUAUAUUCCUUUUUUUUUAAAAUAUGUUUUCCUUUCUAUAAAUAACUCCUUUUCUCAGGUAAGAUAAGUUGUGACUUCUUGUUUAUCAAAGUUAUGCUGUAUUUCCUUUAAAAUCUGUUUCUCUUAAUGAAAAGGAGCUAGUUCUUGAAAAGCUUAAGAAGUGUAUCACUGUUGUGGAGUUUUUUAUUUUUUUCCUAAACUCAUGUGGUUCCAAAUAGUUGUAGGAAUCAAACCAAUAACAAACACAGACUGUGUUUAAUAUCAAGGUGAUUUUCAGUAGGUUGUCUUACACAACUAAGGAGGGAAAAUGGAGCUCUAAUUUUUGGAAAUGUGUUUCAAAAAUGGUAGACAUUUUUAGUGGUUGGAACUGGUUUCUGAGAGGUUGGUGAAAUAACAUUAAAGGUUCUGUUCACUUUAAGUCACUUGAGUUCAUGCCCCAAAAAAUACAUGAUGAAAGAAAGCAUCUGUCCUAUGUGGUGUUUGCUGCCUAAAUGCAUAAUGUGUCUUGUGAUCUUUCCCAAGGGAAAGAUGAAGAAUACAUAUCAGAUCAUAAAAUAAAAUGAAAAAUAAUCAUUACUGGUGUUCAGCUGACUUGUUCAAAUCAGAGGCAUUCCUUGUUAUUAGAUACAUUUCACUCAUUUAUGACUUCUUUUUCUUUCUUCAUCACCUCUGCAGCAACUCUUACAAUGUAUAUCCAUACUAUUUUAUUCAUGUGAGUUCAGUGUCAAUGGCCCCAAACUGAAGGAUUUUACAGUUUUGCUUUUUUUUUUGGUUGAAGUAGUACAAAAUGUCAAAAAUUAGAAGGAAGGUCACAGUGGAAAAUACCAAGACCAUAUCUGAUAGCACAUCCCGAAGACCCAGUGUGUUUGAAAGGCUUGGACCCAGCACUGGAAGUACUGCAGAGACACAGUGCCGUAACUGGCUGAAGACUGGCAACUGCCUCUAUGGGAACACAUGUAGAUUCGUACAUGGCCCUUCACCACGAGGUAAAGGCUAUAGCAGCAGUUAUAGAAGGUCACCAGAAAGACCCACUGGAGAUCUUCGGGAAAGAAUGAAGAACAAACGUCAAGAUGUUGAGGCAGAGCCACAGAAACGAAGUACAGAGGAAUCAUCCUCUCCUGUUAGGAAAGAGUCUUCACGAGGAAGACAUAGAGAAAAGGAGGAUAUCAAAAUUACAAAGGAGCGAACGCCAGAAAGCGAAGAGGAAAAUGGGGAUUGGGAAACAAAUAGAGAAGACUCUGAUAAUGGCGAUGUUAAUUAUGAUUAUGAUCACGAGCUGUCUUUGGAAAUGAAGCGCCAAAAGAUUCAGAGAGAACUCAUGAAAUUGGAACAAGAAAACAUGGAGAAACGGGAGGAAAUAGUAAUUAAAAAAGAGAUUUCUCCAGAGGUGGUUAGAUCUAAAUUAUCACCAUCACCACGAAAGUCUAGCAAAUCUCCAAAACGAAGAUCCAGUCCCAAAUCAUCCUCUUCAACUAGUAAGAAAGAGAAGAAAGCAUCUACUGUAUCUUCACCACUUUUGGAUCAGCAGAGGAGUUCUAAAAGUAACCAGAGUAAAAAGAAAGGUCCUCGUACCCCUAGCCCUCCUCCUCCAGUACAAGAGGAAACUCCCCUAGGGAAAAAACACAAAGAAAAACAUAAAGCAAAAGAACGUUCAGAAGAAAAGGCAAGGGAGAUGAAAGAGAGAGGGCGUGACUUCGAAAGGCACAAGGAGAAAAAGGAGAAGCAGAGGGAUCCCUCUGAAAGCUCCCGUAGACAGAAGCGUUCUCCUAGUCCUGUAGAUCAUUCUGGCAGUAAUUCUUCCCCUUCCAGGGAGUAUUCACCACCUGCUGCAAGGAGAAGACAAACCUCUCGAGCACCAGCCAAGUCAACCACUCACAAACAUAAUUUCUCACCCUCUCGCAGAUCUGCUUCCCCAUCAGGUCAGCAUCAUUCUCCCAUAUCCUCCAGACAUCAUUCCUCUUCAUCACAGUCAGGUUCCUCUGUACAAAGACAUUCUCCUUCCCCACACCGCAAAAGAACUCCUUCUCCGUCCUAUCAAAGGACAACUUCGCCACCUGCAAGGCGAUCAUCUUCUCCCUAUCCCCCACACUCUUCCUCCCCACCUCAGAGGAAGCGAAGUCCUUCAAGACACCGAUCUCCUGGAAGAGAAAAGGGAAGACAUGAUCGCGAUCGGACUUCACAGUCUCACGAUAGGCGCCACGAAAGGCGGGAUGAAACUAGAGGGAAAAGAGAAAAAGAAAGAGAAACAAGAGAUGAUCGUGAUUAUGACCAAGAGCAGAGUAGCUCCAGGGAUCAUAGAGAUGACAGAGAGUCUCGUGAUGGAAGAGAUCGGAGGGACACAAGAGACAACAGAGAUCGGAGGGAGCCAAGGGAAUCCAGAGAUACUCGAGACUCCAGAGAUACGAGGGAUUAUAGCAGAGAUACCAAAGACAGUCGUGAUCAGAGAGACUCACGCUCCACACGGGAUUCCCAUGACUACAGAGACAGAGAGAGUCGUGAUGCCCAUAAAAAGGAUGACCAGUAUCAAGAGGACUUGCGCAGCUAUGGAAGAUCCCAUGGCAGAGAGGAGAGCUCUCGUGCUGAAGCAAGGAAUGAUUCCAGAAGUGACUCCAGAAAUGAGAGCAGAAGUGAUAGAACCGGCAGAAGUCGAGGCAGAGGGCCAGAAUUAUCUGACAAAGGAAGUCGAGGGACUAGAGGAUCCCAGGUUGAUGGUCACAGCAGUAGUGGAAACUACCAUGACAGCUGGGAGUCAAGGAGUAGCUAUGCUGAUCGGGAUCGCUAUGACAGCAGAGAUCAAGCAAGGGAUUCCUCCUUUGAAAGAAGACAUGGUGAAAGGGAUAGGCGUGACAACAGAGAAAGAGUUUUCCCUCUCUUGGCAGACCAGAGGGCAAGCUCGCCAGUACGACAUCAAGGACGAAGUGAUGAUCUCGAGCGGGAUGAAAGAAGAGAAGAGCGAAGGGUGGAUCGGUCUGAUGAUAGGAGAGAUGAAAGGGCCCGGGAGAGAGAGCGAGAAAGGGAGAGGGAUCGGGAAAGGGAAAGAGAAAGAGACCGGGAGAGAGAAAGGGAGAAAGAAAGAGAGUUGGAACGAGAUCGUGCUCGGGAACGGGAGAGGGAGAGAGAGCGGGACAAAGACAGGGAUCGCGAGCGGGACCGAGACAGGGACCAUGACAGGGAAAGGGAACGAGAGAGGGAGAGGGAGAAGGAGCGGGAACGGGAGCGUGAGGAACGCGAAAGGGAGCGAGAACGAGAAAGAGAUCGGGAGCGGGAACGCGAAAGGGAGAGAGGUCGAGACAGAGAUAAAGAAAGAGACCGCCAGAGAGACUGGGAUGACAAGGAAAAAGGAAGGGAAGACCGCAGGGAUAAGAGAGAAGAUAUCCGAGAAGAAAGAAGCUCAAGAGAUGUCCAUGAGGAAAGAAAAUCCAAGAAGCGUCACAGAAACGAAAGCAGUCCAAGUCCUCGUCAGUCACCCAAACGUCGCCGUGAUCACUCUCCUGACAGUGAUGCUUACAACAGUGGAGAUGAUAAAAAUGAAAAGCACAGACUUCUGAGCCAGGUUGUGCGGCCUCAGGAAUCUCGGUCACUGAGCCCCUCUCAUGUUACAGAAGAGCGGCAGAGUCGCUGGAAAGAAGAAGAGCGAAAAUCGGACAGAAAGGAAAGUUCCCGGCGUUAUGAAGAACCAGAGUUUAAAGAGAGGGUUUCUUCAGCAGAUAAGCAAAGGGAACAACCAGAUGCUUCAGAAGGCUCCCGGUCCAGGGUUCAGGAAAAUCUUGGACACCGUCCCUCUGAAGAAAGAGAUGCUUCUGAUAGAAUGCAUGAUGACAGCAAGAAGAAGUCUAAGGUACAGAAAAAGGCCACAAAGAAGAAGAAAGAUGAUGACAGUGGGGUUGAAAGGUACACUAAUGAAUCAACAACUGAGGAAAGCCAGGUCUUUUCACCCAAGAAAGGUCAGAAAAGGAAAAAUGUAGAGAAAAAGCGGAAGAGAUCCAAGGGUGAUUCAGAAGUUUCUGAUGAAGAAAUUGUUCCACACCAUAAAAAGAAAAAAGGUCCAAGAACCCCUCCUGUAACUAAAGAUGAAUUGGUUGAAGCACCACCUGAGAAAGCUGUGGCAGAAGUCCCCACAAAAAGAGAAGAUACAACAUUUAGUGACUGGUCAGAUGAAGAUGUUCCUGAACGUGGUGACAUUGUUGUUCCAGAAAGAAGCACUGAUGAUUCCCAUAGAAAAAGUCACAGGACGAGGGGAGAAAAGGUGGAAGCCCCUCAUGUUACUAUAGAGGAUGGACCACAUCGUAAACCUGUGGAUCAGAAGCGCAGCAGCAGCCUUGGUAGCAAUCGGAGCCAUGCCUCGAGCAGACUUAGAUCCCCUUCCAAUGAGUCAGCGCAUCGCAGUGGAGAUGACCAGACUGGACGGAAGAGGAUCCUGCACAGUAGCUCUAGAGACAGAGAUAGGGACAGGGACAGAGAGAAGAAAAACUUAGAAAUCACUGAACGGAAGUCUAGAAUUGAUCAGUUGAAACGAGGGGAACCCAGUCGCAGCACAUCUUCAGAUCGUCAAGAUUCAAGAAGCCACAGUUCAAGAAGAAGUUCUCCUGAAUCAGAUCGUCAGGUCCAUUCCAGAUCGGGGUCCUUUGAUAGCAGGGAAAGGCUUCAGGACCGAGAUCGACAUGACCACGAUCGAGAACGAGAGAGAGACAGGAGAGAGGGAAGACAGAGAGACUGGGACCGAGAUAUUGACAAAGACUGGCCAAGGAGCCGGGAACGAGAGAGACUCAGAGAGCGAGAGAGAGAGAGGGAGAAAAGACGGGAGCUGGAGAGAGAGAGAGACAGACAACUGCCUGAUACUGCUGAAAGAGAGAGAGAGAGAACUCUUGACAUCUCCUCUCAAAAGGAGUCGACAAAGCAUAGUGAAACAAAAAUGGACAGAGAUCAUGAAAAGGAGUUUGACGGAGUUUGUCGGGAUUCAGCAGCUUCAGAGAAGGAAAAAGCAGACAAGGAUUUAGGACCUUUACAAGGUUUUGAAGAUGGAAAUGAGGCCGAAAAGGUAGAGAGUUUAGAAGGAGGAGAGGAUGAAACAAAGACUAAUGAUGUACAGUCACUGGGUUCUGGUGCUGGAGAAUACGAGCCAAUCAGUGAUGAUGAACUGGAUGAAAUUCUGGCAGGUGAUGCUGAAAAGCGUGAGGAUCAACAGGAGGAUGAGAAGAUGCCUGAUCCAGUGGAUGUUAUAGAUGUAGAUUGGUCCAGUCUUAUGCCAAAGCAACCAAAAGAACCACGUGAGCCUGGGGCUGCUCUUUUAAAAUUCACACCAGGUGCUGUUAUGUUGAGAGUUGGCAUUUCCAAGCGAUUGGCGGGACCAGAGCUCUUCAGCAAAAUAAAAGAGACUUGCCAGAGAGUGUUAGAAAAACCUAAAGAUGCAGAAAACCUUUUUGAACAUGAACUGGGGGCAUUGAACAUGGCUGCGCUUCGACGAAAAGAAGAGAGAGCAGGUCUUCUCAGUAAUCUGGGUCCCUGCUGCAAAGCGCUGUGCUUUCGGAGAGAUUCUGCAAUUCGUAAGCAGCUGAUGAAGAAUGAAAAGGGUGCAACAAAACAAACUUACACAAAUUCCGCAGCAAUGGACAGUGACUUGUUACGGUUAAGUCUACGGUUAUUCAAACGAAAGACUGUGUGCCAGGUUCCUGGGCAGGAAAAGACAGAGGACAGUAAAAUUCCACAACCGGCUAUCCAGCAAGAAGUGUGUGUGACUUGAGCAAAUGACUGCCAUGGCACUUACUAGUUGAUUUCUCACUACCAGUGUUGGUGUUGCUGUUUAGAACUGGUUGGUUGGAAAGCGACUGUAGAAGAUAGAAGAAAAUACUCCGUUUGUGCACAGAUAAGAAUUACUGGCUUUGGAUGUGAAUAAGAGGAGUUAAAAAUAAAGACUUGUGUGUGAAGGUCUCUGCAA